AAAUCAAACGACUACUCUCUCCUAGCUCCCAACUCGGCAACGCCAAUCACACACACAACACUCUCUCCUGUUAUUCUCUCUUAGGGUUUUGCUUCAACUAUGGCUUCUUCUUCAUCUGAGCCUGCUCCUCCCAAAGCGGAGGGAGGAGGAGGCGGCGGCGGAGAAAGUUCGGAAGCAGCAGCAGUGAUGGCGAACGAUCAGCUAUGGCUGUACAGAGGACUAAAGAAAGCGAAGAAAGAGAGAGGAUGUACGGCCAAAGAGCGAAUCAGCAAAAUGCCCCCUUGUGCCGCCGGAAAGCGCAGCUCCAUUUACCGUGGCGUUACCAGGCAUAGAUGGACAGGUCGUUAUGAAGCUCACCUUUGGGAUAAAAGUACCUGGAAUCAGAAUCAAAAUAAGAAGGGAAAGCAAGUUUACCUGGGUGCAUAUGAUGAUGAGGAGGCUGCGGCCAGAGCAUAUGAUCUUGCCGCCUUAAAAUACUGGGGCCCAGGGACACUUAUUAAUUUUCCAGUCACGGAUUAUACAAGAGAUCUUGAAGAGAUGCAAAAUGUCUCAAGAGAAGAUUACCUUGCAUCACUUCGAAGAAAGAGUAGUGGUUUCUCCAGAGGAAUCUCUAAAUACCGUCCACUUUCCAGUCGAUGGGAUUCACAAUUUGGUCGUAUGCCUGGAGUUGCUGAUUACUUCAACAGCAUGAAUUAUGGUGAUGAUACAACAACAGAUAGCGACUAUGCCGGCGGUUUUUGCAUUGACCGAAAGAUUGACUUGACGAGUUACAUAAAGUGGUGGGGACCCAACAAAACCCGUCUAGCAGAUUCUCAAACGAAAUCAGCGGAGGAAAUAAAACAUGGUUGUUCUGAAGACAUAAGCAGUGAACUUAAAGCUCUGGAACGGGCAAUCCAGUCGACUGAGCCCUACCAGAUGCCCCUUUUGGGUGUGUCACCUCAAGAGAAAAAGCACAAGGGCUCUGCAGUGUCUGCUAUGAGCAUUUUGUCACGGUCUGCAGCAUACAAGAGCUUGCAAGAGAAAGCAUCCAAAAAGCAAGAAAACAAUGAGAAUGAUGAAAACGAAAACAAAAAUACUAUAAAAAAAAUAGACCAUGGAAAGGCUAUUGAGAAAUCAUCUAGUCAUGAUGGUGGAAGUGAGAGACUUGGAGUUGCUUUUGGGAUGAGCGGAGGGUUGCCUCUUCAAAGCAAUGUGUACCCUAUGACUCCUUUCUUGUCUGCACCACUGCUGACACACUACAAUGCUAUUGAUCCUUUAGCAGAUCCUGUUCUUUGGACGUCUCUUGUUCCCGUUCUUGCUCCUGGAUCUUCUCGUACUGCUGAGGUUACAAAGACCGAGCCUGGUUCAGAUUAUACUUUCUUUCAGCAGGAAGAUUGAGAAUGAUUGUCCUUCCUUUACAGACUGGUUGGAUCGCAGAAAUUUGUUUGAGCUCUAGUGAGGAAAAUUGAGCAAUGCAUGUGCUAUAUGCAGCAGAAAACAUAGACACAGAAAUUUGUUUGAGCUCUCUAGUGAGGAAAAUUUAGCGAUGCAUUUGCUAUAUGCAGCAACAAACAUGUCAACAUCUCGGACUGUCCCAGGAACGAGAGCCUUACAUAUAUAAUAGCAUGCUUGUACCAUAGGAGUGGUAGAGAAUAGAAAUGACGGGGAUUUGUAUGUUAGAACAUGUAUAAAGUAGCCUUUUAUUGCUAGACAUGUCAGCCGAAGUUAUGGACUAUGUGUACAAAACUAAGCCAAAGAGUUAGACUUAUUCUUACGUUGUCAAGUUUGUUGCCAAGGAAGCUUCAGAUUGUCUUUGUAAAACAUGAUGUUAGAUGAAUCUGCGAUAAUACAAUCAAGUUCCAG